CAUUUGAUCACGGAAUCGGAGAUGCUAAUCGAAGCCUGCUGCUGCGAUCUUUGACGUCAACAUUAUUCGAUCUGAUUUUCCGAUCAAUAUUUCUGCCACAAAACGGGAAGUAAAAGGUUUUCUUAUUUCUCCGACUGUAACUCCGGCCAUGAAGCCUCCAUGUAGAAGAUUAACACUUUCUCUAUCUCGUCUUGUUAUAGUCAUCUUUCUGGUGCUUAUUCACAUUGCCUUAGUUGCAGCAGAUGCAUUUGAUACUUUAACAGUUCAAAGGGAAAUUAUUGAAGCCUGGCCGUUGUUUGACUGUCCCCAGUGUAUGGAUAAGAAGGAACAACUUCACACAAAAUCUAUGGCAGUUGGAAAUCAUCAAAUCGAGAAGGAUAUUGACAUAAUAGUGACAUACACAGACACUUCUGGUGCCAUACGAAUUAGGACGGUGAAGUCUAAAGAUUUGUCGGCUUCAUGGGUCUGGAAAAACCCCAUUAAUGACAAGCAAGCCAAAGAUGAGGGCUCAGAGUCACUAGAAGAUCAGCAUGAUACGAGAGUUUUGGACACCAACGAGCUUUCUGCCAAUGAACAUGCAGAUGUAAACGAACAGCCACUUAAAACGCCAUUUCCCAUGCAUCCAGCAAAGCUCAGGCGUCGGGCCUUACGCCAAGAAAGGAGGGAUCGCCGGACUGCAGAAUUGAUCCAAGGUGGUGACAAGAGAGAGACUCAGAUGCGAUCAGCUGCCAUUGAGCGUGCUAAAACUUUUGACACCAGUGUCAAGGCUAAAUACAGUAUUUGGAGAAAAGAAUAUGAAAGCCCAAAUUCUGAUUCUACCUUGAAACUUAUGCUUGACCAGAUCAUAAUGGCAAAAGCAUAUGCAAGUAUUGCAAAAGCCAAAAAUGCAACUGCUAUCUAUGAUUCUCUAAUUAAACAUUCUAAAAGAAGUCAGCAAGCAAUUGGGGAAGCAACUUAUGAUAGUGAACUUGGGCCCAGUGCAGUUGAUCGGGCUAAAGAAAUGGGUCAUAUUUUGUCCUUAGCAAAGGACCAAUUUUAUGAUUGUAUCUUGAUGGCGAGAAAAUUAAGGGUUAUGCUUCAGUCCACAGAAGCAAAUGUUGAGGAAGUGAAGAAAAAGAGUGCAUCCUUAACACAACUGGCUGCCAAAACUGUACCUAGGCCUUUGCAUUGCCUUCCCCUGGUGCUCACGACCGAUUAUUUCUUGCUGAGUGAUGAAAAAAAGAAGUUUUCUAACAGCAGGAGUCUUGAGGAUCCUUCUCUAUACCACUAUGCUAUAUUUUCUGAUAAUGUUCUAGCAACAUCUGUAGUUGUGAAUUCGACAGUCCUACAUGCAAAGGAGCCCGGAAAGCACGUGUUCCAUAUCGUUACAGACAAAUUGAACUUUGCAGCCAUGAAGAUGUGGUUUCUCGUCAACUCUCCUGCAGGUUCCACGAUCCAAGUUCAAAAUGUGGAUGAUUUCACUUGGCUCAAUUCUUCUUAUUGUCCUGUUCUUCGUCAGCUUGAAUCAUCUCGAAUGAAAGAAUAUUACUUUAAGGCACAUCAAACAUCAUCUUUAGCAGCUGGAUCCGACAAUCUUAAAUAUAGGAACCCGAAAUACUUAUCGAUGCUGAAUCAUUUGAGGUUCUACCUUCCUGAAGUAUAUCCAAAGCUGGAUAAAAUAUUGUUUCUCGAUGAUGAUAUUGUAGUUCAAAAGGAUCUGACACCUUUGUGGAGUGUUGAUCUGCAUGGGAUGGUAAAUGGUGCUGUAGAGACCUGCAAGGAGAGUUUCCAUCGGUUUGAUAAGUACCUGAACUUCUCUAACCCAAAGAUUUCUGAUAACUUUGAUCCAGAUGCAUGUGGUUGGGCAUUCGGCAUGAAUAUGUUUGAUUUGAAGGAGUGGAAGAAACGCGACAUUACUGGAAUAUAUCAUGGCUGGCAAAAUAUGAACGAGGAAAGAACGCUAUGGAAGCUUGGAACACUGCCUCCCGGAUUGAUAACAUUCUAUAACCUGACCCAUCCACUGGACCGAGGUUGGCAUGUAUUAGGACUUGGGUACGAUCCAGCCCUUAACCAAACUGAAAUAGAAAAUGCAGCGGUCGUACAUUACAAUGGGAACUACAAACCCUGGUUAGAUCUUGCAAUCAGCAAGUACAAAUCAUAUUGGUCAAGGUAUGUCAUAUUUGAUAAUCCAUAUCUUCAACUUUGUAACAUUAACACCUUCAUGUUAUCAUAAUAUUCUUGUUUCACAUUACAUGUAACACUCCUUUCUUCCUUAUUUGUAUACAAACUCAAGGUCACAAAAUUCAUACACCAUGAUUUAC